AUGAUGGUCUCUGAUGAAGAGAAGAGAUGGAUUGUUGUGGGAAUUGCUAUGAACAAAGUUGCUGCUCCUGUUUUGCGGGAUGCUGUCAAACAAGGGAUGGACACCAACUAUGCAAAUCUGGAAGGACACUGUCAACUUCUCCACCCGCCUUGUACUCUGAAGACAUUAACUCAUGGUGUGGUCCAAGCAGAUCCCAUCUUAAGAAGACUGAAAUUUGAAAAUAUCAAUAACAAUGAUCAUUUGUAUGGCAAACGCUCCAGAAGCUACAACUUUAGCAUUAAUGAUUCUGUAGAUUCGGCCAAGUUAUAUCUGCCAGGUUAUCUGGCUCAGUUUUCAGGCUUUGAUGACUCACUGGACAUGACUGCCAUCCUUCGUCUGUUGGAAUUUAGGAACUACAUGCCUGCUGCUGUGUUCUCCCCACAUUCCCAGGCCUCAGCCGAUGAGGUCAGGGAAAAUGUCAGAAACAAAUGGGGCCAUGUUGAUGUAACUGAGUGGACAGAUGCUCUCUUUAAUGAUUGCUUUGACAAGCUGAAGACACUGGUGAGGAGUCUGGGACUGACAGCAGAUGUGGAGAAGAAGACAUUGGAUCAGCUGGACGACUGGCAAACAAAAGGUUAUUUAUUCCUAGUCAAAUGA